ACAUCCUGCUCUGCCAAUGUCUGUCUGUCGUUGCCUGCACCUGUCUGUCUGUCUGUCUGUCUGUCUGUCUGUCUGUCUGUCUGUCUGUCUGUGGGUCUUGCCUUUUCUCUAUGUCCGUGGCAUCAUGAGCUUCUGUUCUUGCAUUGCCUGCUCCCCAACCCCUUCCUGCUAUUCUUAUUCUGUACAUCAGUGAAGCUUGUCUUUGCUGGAGUGUAGUCUAGAGUUAUAGCCAGUUUUGCUUUCAGAUGCCUGUUUCCGCCAAUAAUUAUUGUGUGGCUUUGGUUUGAUUUGCAUUUUUCGUUUCAGUCGGGUGACGUGCCUGUAUUUUCUCACAGGUAUCUUCUCAUAUGGCCAUGACACAUUUCUCAACAAACUUCAAAACAAACAGCACAAACAUGCAUUUGCAGGAGUCGUAAUUUCCUGCAAAUAUAAUUUAAUAUACAGUGCCAGUCAAAAGUUUGGACACCCUUACUCAUUCAUAGGUUUUUCUGUAUUUUGACUAUUUCCUACAUUGUAGAACGAUACUGACGACAUCAAAACGAUGAAGUAACGUGGAAUGUAUAUGGAAUUAUGUGGUAAACAGAAAAGUUUUUAAAAAAGAAUAAAAGAUUUUUCAUAUUUUAGAUUCUUCAAAGUUGCCAGGGUUUACCUCGAUGACUCUUUGCACACUAUUGGCGUGAUCUUAACCCCUUCACUGCCCUUGGACGAGUCACGUACGUCAUGAAAUCUUUUACCGCUGUGCCUUAUGACGUACGCUACUCGUCAUAAACACCUCCUUUUAUGUACCUUACACGGCACGUUACUUUUACUUCACAGUGGCAAAUAUGAAGUACAGUCAAUGCUGAAAACAUUCUUCCGUCAUAGCGGUAAAAGAUUUCAUGACGUACGUGACUCGUCCAAGGGCGUCGAAGGGGUUAACCAGCUUCAUGAGGUAGUCACCCGGAAUGCUUUUCAAUUAAGAGGUGUGCCUCGUCAAAAGGCAAUUAGUGGAUUAGGUUCUUGCCUUCUUAAUGCGUUUGAGACCUAAAGAGUAAAUAAUAAAAAUACGGUAAAUAGCCCUAUUCCACAACUGUAGUAAUCCAUGCAUUUAUUAUGUCAAGAACCGGUCAACUCCGUUAAAAGAAACAACAUCCAUCAUUACUUUACUUCAAGACAUGAAGUGUCUUUUAAUUAAUAAAAAUAAAGAAAAAACAUUGAAUUAUAAAGUGUGUAAUUGGAAAUUGUAUAAACAUAAGCCAUAUCGGAGAUCACUUUGUACUGGUAUUGAGAUAAACAUUUCGUAUUACAAAUGUAAUUGUAAACACGUUUCAGAAAGAAAUCCAAAGUCUAUGUUUUAAAUAAGAUGAGACACACUCACCAACUACUUCAUUAGGAACACCUGUUGACGUGCUUAUGCAUGCAGUUAUCUACCCAUACCCCUUUUCCACCAAAUCAGUUCCAGGGCUGGUUCAGGGCCAGUGCUGGUGCUGGUUCACAACUCGUUCAACUUGCAAACCAGCUGAGAACCAGUUUGCUUUUCCAUAGCUUGGGGUGCUAAGGGGAGCCACGUCAUCAUGUCACUGUAUACGUCAGUUGCGUCGCUGCGUUUGCAUAAACCUUGGCGCGAACACCAAAGCAACAACAACACGGAGAAGAAGAAGAAGAAGCAGUAGCGACAACAACAACAGCAACAAUAAUGGAUGACUGCUGCUUUACUGCAUCCAUGAUAUCUCAUCGCUUAUUUAAAAAUGGCACCCUCUCGCAGUCUCGCUGACGUAAGCAGUUCUUUCCUCUAGCCCAGUAAAGAGCUGGUGCUACCCUGGAACCAGUUUUUCUGGCCCAGAGCCAGUUCUUUGUCAGUGGAAACAGAAAACCCGGUUCCAAACUAAGCACUGGCCCCGAACCAGCCCUGCAACUGAUUUGGUGGAAAAGGGGUAUCAGCCAAUCAUGUGGCAGCUGCGUGAUGCAUAGAAUCUUGCAGAUACUGUACAAGUCAAGAGCUUCAGUUAAUAUUCACAUCCAACAUCGGAAUGGGGGGAAAAAUGGGAUAUCGGUGACUUGUUACUGUCAGGAUUUUAUUAGAAUAUUUCCAAAACUGCUGAUCUCCUGGAAUUUUCACACAAUACAGUUGCAAGUGUUGACACAGAACGGUAUGAAACACAAAAAAAAAUAUCCAGGGAGCGGCAGUUCUGCAUGUAGGAACAUCUUAUUGAUGAGAGAGUUCGGAGGAGAAUGGCCAGACUGUUUUGAGCUCACAAGAAGGCUACUCAAAUGAGCGCACUCUACAGCCGUGGUGAUCAGAAAAGCAUCUCGGAGCAUGUUGAACCUCGAGGCUGACGGGUUAUGAAUGGGUGCAAGUUCACUCAAACUAGACAGCUGAAAAUGGGGGGUGGGGGGAAGCAUCUUCAAUUGUCCAGUUUUAGGCAGCCUACAUUUUUUGGAGGUUUGAUGUGUGUGGACAUUAACUGAAGCUCUUGACCUGAAUGAUUUUAUCAUUGUGCUGCCGCCACAUGAUCGGCUGAAAGGAUAAUUUGCAUGAACGUGCGGGUGUCCCUAAUAAAGUGAUCGGCGAACAUCUGUCUUAUAAAGAAACUCCCAGUUGGUCUUUAUAUGGUGGAUGGCAGACGCUCUUUCUCCCUCACUAUCUGUUAAAUAAUUCAGUGGCUGGAAUAGAAGGUGUUUUAUACACACACACACACACACACACACACACACACACACACACAAGGACGCUCAUCGGCACACUUCCAUCUCCCAUCAUCUUUGUCAUAAUCCUCACAGGGCUCAAACUGUCAUUAUAGCCAGAUUGUUGUAUAUGUAAGCAGCCAUAUCAUCGUAUACAAUCCCCCUUCUGUCCAUCACGCACCUUUUUUCAACUCCUGCCUAGUCCCUAGUGAUAGUUCUUCCAAUCAUGUGCAGUUUUGUGGUCAGUAAUUGUUUUCUAUUUAUAAUAUACUGUGUAUAUAUGUCCCUGUGUGCCUGUGUGUGUGAAAGUUAUUUAUAAAGUCGGUCCUGAGUCAAGCGCUGCAGAGGCGUGGGCCAUCACUCUAAACGCUUUACUACCGAGGUUACAACCUGACACAGUAACAUUUGCGACAGCACCCUAAAGACCUUUCUCCCAGCAGGCUCAACAGCUGACAGUGGGGGAGUCAUUGCAUCCAGCAGAUCCUGGAGGCGGUGCUUCACUGCCAUCAAAUGGGCGUGGUGCACCGAGAUCUGAAGCCAGAGAACCUGCUCCUGGCCAGUAAGUGUAAGAAUGCUGCCGUCAAGCUGGCGGAUUUUGGGCUGGCCAUCGAGGUGCAGGGAGACCAGCAGGCAUGGUUUGGAUUUGCAGGGACACCAGGGUAUCUUUCCCCUGAGGUGCUGAGGAAGGAGGCAUAUGGAAAACCUGUGGACAUCUGGGCCUGUGGUGUGAUCCUCUACAUUCUGCUGGUUGGUUAUCCUCCAUUCUGGGAUGAGGACCAGCACAAACUCUACCAGCAGAUUAAAGCUGGGGCUUAUGAUUUUCCAUCUCCAGAGUGGGACACAGUGACUCCUGAAGCCAAAAACCUCAUCAACCAGAUGUUGACCAUCAAUCCAGCCAAGAGAAUCACAGCACAGGAGGCUCUUAAACACCCAUGGGUCUGCCAACGCUCUACAGUGGCCUCCAUGAUGCACAGACAAGAGACAGUGGAGUGCUUGAAGAAGUUCAACGCCAGGAGGAAACUCAAGGGCGCUAUCCUUACUACAAUGCUGGUGUCCCGAAACUUCUCUGUGGGUAGCAGGCAGACCACGGCUCCGGCCUCGGUCACUGCCGCCGCUGCUGCUGUUGCUGCAGCAGCAGGCACCACAGCAGGGCUGGUGGAACAAGCAGCUAAGAGUUUGCUGAAUAAGAAGGCUGAUGUCAAGAAGAGGAAGUCAAGCUCUACCGUUCAGUACAUGCCCCAGACCAACAGCACCAAAAACAGCAUAGUCACGAGCCCCAAAGGAAACCUUCCCUCUCCUGCACUGGAAGCUCAGACCACUGUUAUACAUAAUCCAUUGGAUGGAGUUAAGCUGCAGUUGCGUUGUGAAGACAGCAUAGGGCGGAAUUACAUAAAUGACGGGAAUGCACGUGACUUCACCAUAGGUGAAUCGUCUGACAGCAGCAAUGCCACAGUGGAGGAUGAAGACAUGAAAGGAAAGAGUGUUGAUAACAGCUCAGGUCAAACCCAGUCAAACCCCAGCUUCCAGGCAGACUACACAGUUCAGGGUCCUGCCCCUCCAGUCUUCUCCUCCACCAAGCUCUCGGACCUGCUGGGUGUGGUACGCAGGGGCUCAGGCCCUGCGGCUGAUGGCGAGGGGAGCGCCAGUACCCCCUCCCCCACCCCCCAAACCCCCAACAUUCCCAUGCAGAUGUCGCGUCUGACAGAUCUUAUGAGCAGCGUGCGCAAGAGUUCAGGUCCCCAGGCCAAUGCUGACUCGGCUACACCCAGUCGACCACACACUGUCACAAACCCUGUUCCUGCUCCAAACCCUAUUAUUGCCCCAUCCCAAUACUGCCAAUCCUCCCCUCCUCCCCCACAGCCCUCCUCCAGCCCCCUGCCUGCACUGCACUCACGCAAACAGGAGAUCAUUAAAAUCACUGAACAGCUUAUUGAGGCCAUUAACAAUGGAGACUUUGAAGCUUAUGCUAAAAUCUGUGAUCCUGGUUUGACCUCAUUUGAGCCGGAGGCACUGGGGAACCUGGUGGAGGGCAUGGACUUCCACAGAUUCUACUUCGACAACUUAUUGUCUAAGAACAGCAAGCCCAUCCACACCACCAUCCUGAACCCUCACGUGCACCUGAUCGGUGAAGACGCCGCCUGCAUAGCCUACAUCCGUCUGACGCAGUAUGUGGAUGGGCAGGGCCGGCCACGCAGCAGCCAGUCAGAAGAGACAAGGGUGUGGCAUCGCCGGGACUCCAAGUGGCAGAAUGUCCAUUUCCACUGCUCGGGAGCUCCUGCCGCUCCACUGCAGUGAAGGGACAGCUUGUUGUAGCCACAUGCGAGAAGAAUGUCCAGCCAGAGAGGGAGAGAGGGAGAAAGGAAGGGGGAGGGAGGAAGGAGAGGAAGUCCAGUGUCAGUGCCUGACCCUUCCACACUGGGCUCCGCCCUUCACCUAUCAAUCACGUCUCUGUGCAAUGUCUACCCCACCCCCUCCCUUGUUCCCCCCUCCCACUGUGUUGCCACACCGUGCUGUGUGUGAAUGAGCCAAGUGAGGUGAUCUCUGACUGUCCGUGACGUGUCACGCUUUCUCCCUCACUGUCUCGGUGUGAAUGACGAGCCUGUGUGUUCACACAUUUUUAAUAUUCUAAUUCAUAUUAAUCAUUGAUAUUAUUACUGUUGUUUAUUAAUAUGAUUACUACACAGAAGCAAUCGUGUGUCAUUUGUACAGUUCAUAUUCUGGAUGCUAGUGGUUUCUGAGUUAAGCCUUUUUUUUUUUUUUAUAGAUAGCAUGACACUCAGUGUAUCCACAGUGGUUGUUUCUAUAGUAACACAGGCGGUGAGUUGAAGCACAGUGUUUAGUGUGGGAUGAUUCAAAGCUCGACUACACAGUGUGUGUGUGUGUGGUUGCAAGCAAAAACAUUGUUAACGUGUGUGUGUGUGUAGGGUCAGAGCUAAACAGAGUGAUACACAGCAGUGUGUUUGGGGUCUUCCAGUCUUUCGUUGUGCCCUUUCAAAUAUUGCGAACAGCGAUUGCAAAGGACGUCACCUAAAGAAUCACGAAAUAAUAUCACUAAAGAAUCUCUGUGCUCACUUAUCGCUGCAUACUUGAUCCUGAUCUCAGCAGCUCCGACACCGACUGCAGUAUCAGUAUUAAAACAGCCCAUCAAACAUUUCUGAACUGUAUUAAAGACAGCGCGUGUGUGCGUGUACAUCAGUAGCAUGCCAGCUCAGCUUGCACUAUAAGCCAUAAUCCAGCUAAAGGUGCUACAUAUCACUCUAGCCUGCAUCUAUCUUACCUGUACAUGCAGCACAAACAGCACAUACAUGGGUUCCUUGUAUCGGCUAAAACCUGAUGCGUGGCUAAAGAACCGGUUUAUUAAGGCUUAUUAAGUGAGGAAGGAUGUAGCAAAACCCUUGGCUGUGAGUGAAGAUCUGAAUUUUCAUUUGACAGAACUGCAGGCUGCGACUUUUUUUUUUCUUUUCUUGCAUUUUAAUAUCAUUUCUAAUUUCGUCACAAGGGUUGGACGUUAUCCUGUUGUGUUUAAGUAUAUAUCUUAAGGUUAAAUAAGGUUAAGGAUAAAUAUAUAGCUCUCUGUCUCUAUUUUUAUUUAUAUAUAUAUAUAUAUAUAUAUAUAUAUAUAUAUAUAUAUAUAUAUAUAUAUAUAUAAAAAACAUGAUUUGUUCACUUUUUGUUUUUCUUCAAAGGUGUGUUUGUACUUGACAGCAAGUUGCUACGCUGGAAGAGGAAAGAUGAUCUGAGGAUAAGGUAUUAAUAAGUGACGAACCUAUCAGAGAUAUGUCAGGGAAACUUUUGUAAUAUGAGGAGUGUGGAAGUUAAAUUCUCUUUACAUGAAGUGUACUUAAGACAGAUAACGUAUAUCGCAUCCAGAAGGGCCGAGCUGUACGCCGGUGUUAGUCGGCUUUCGAGCUGCAGAUGAGCGUGAGGGACUCAAAUAUGAGAGAAGCCUAAUGAUCAGGCGAAUGAGCUGAGAGAACCCUUUGUCCUUGAAACGAGGUUGUUUCAGAGGCUUAUUCAUCGUUUGCGUCCUCAGGUUGUAUUUAUUUAUUUAUGUAUUUAUUUAUUUAAGUAUUUUAUCUCACUUUUUUUGGUCAUUCUUUUUCACUUCUGUCCUUUGUACAGCUUUUUUUUUUCGUCACAAUUUUUCACUCACAAGCUCAUUUUAUUUUCAUUGUUUUACAGAGUAGUGACAAUAUCAGGCUUUAGUGAAUGUUAUCUUUGAGCUUUAUAGCUUUGAUGGGCACUCUCCCCCCCCCCCCCCCUCCCCCUCCCCUUUACAGAUCCUACAGUGAAUCAUUUCAAAGAAGUCCUGUUUGUGAACUGGAGCGACCCCAUAAGGCAAUCAAGCUGGGUAUCUGUUUUGGCUCUAGUACUGUGCUUCGGGCCGGAUGUAUUUUUAGAGUUGAUUCUUUGUGGAUCCCUUUUGUGUCCCACUCUGGAUGGCUCAUCUUGUCUCUUGUCUUGACACAAAGUGAUAUGAGACUAGUACAUAUGUUUAUAUGUGUGCUAUAAAAAUACCCCCACCCGUUCACUCCUCGAAUAUAUAUUUAAAAAAAAAGCUUAAAAAACAACAAAACAGCAUGUAAAAUGUACUAAUAUUCUUCUUUGUGUGUUUACCAUUGAAAAUAAUCAUGUAAAAUAAGUGAUGCACAUUAUUACUAUUAAACAGGACACACAGUAUUAAAGCAGCAGUUUACUAGCAUUUUAGACGGACUUUCUUUGCAUGACAAGUCACUCAAACAUGAAGUUUGGUGUUCCUUCUUUCUUUUUUUUUUUUGGUUUCAUUUUCUAUUGAAUGCUGGUUAACUAAACCUUUCUCUUAUCUAUUUUCCAAGCUUUGUAAGUGCAUAAAAAUAUUUUUGUCUCGAGAUGAUUACGUAAACGAAAGGUGUAAUAACACCGACAAGAUCAAGAUUAUAAAAUCGGUGAUAAUAUUUCAAGGCAUGCUUUUGUAUUUAAGCUCCUGGUUGUCAGUGCAGGUGGCUGACAUGUCUGAACAAACAGGAACCGAGGAUUGGAUUUGCAUUCAGCGUGAAUAACUCUAUUGGAUAGACACUGAAGUCAUUCGAGUGGUUGUGUUUAAUACACUUAGACCUGCGGAGUGAAAACCCAGUUGCUCUUAUUCAUCAGGGAAGUCGAGACGUAGACGUACUUGCUUAGUUUAAAAUUGCUCCGAGUUAUGAAAUGGCAGAGAAGUUUGACAUGAUGUGAAUUAUGUAGUAAUAUUACCUGCACUGACAACGCAACCACUCGACUCGGGUGUUUUAGUACCGUAUUGUUUCACUCUGUUUCUAAUGCCCUGCCGUUCUUCCGUUUCACCUAGUUGCUCUGAAGUUGAAGUCUUCACAGUAGCCUGCUGUCAGAUUUGGGUUCCUGUAUAAGAUAUUAUACUCUUUUAUUUCUCGGAUUAUUCUUACUCUUAUCGUUGCUCUGUUCUCAAACUUGCUAUGUGUUACCUGACUUAAGGAAAUGUGUUCAAGUGUUCAAAAUAAAAAUGAAGGUUUAAAUACUAAA